GUCGAACACGACUUCAUCACAUGCGCGCGGCCGACAUCCGGCCACGUUAAAAUAGCUUGUUUUGCGGGAGAUCGUCGGGGUGCCGCCGGGAAAAAAGUGGAAAGCGGCCGCGCGGCUCUUGCCCGAAUUUUUCCGAGUCCUACGAGAUCUUAGAUGCGCGCGGAUCAGUGACGCGGGGUGUAGCUGGCGGUAGCCGCGUGAGUGUCGUCGACGAAUAAACAAACAACAAACGAGAAUGGAUUGCUGGUCGGCCUGGCUGCUGCUUGUCUCGCUGCUCGGCGCACUCCUGCUCACGGGUGGCGUCGAGCUAACCUUCGAGCUGGCCGACAAUGCAAAGGAGUGCUUUUACCAGGAGAUCGAGAAGAACGUCUCGUCUACGUUGGAGUUUCAGGUGGUUACAGGAGGCCAGUAUGAUGUAGAUGUAAGUUUAGAAGCUCCCAAUAAGGAGAUUAUCUAUAGCCAAGUAAAAACACAAUUUGAUUCGCACUCCUUUAUACCAACCAUGUCAGGAGUGUAUAAGGCUUGCUUUAGCAAUGAAUUUUCUACAUACUCGCACAAACUUGUGUAUAUGGAUUUUCAAGUUGGCGACGAACUGCCGCUUCCUGGUCUUGGAGAACAUGUUACAGUCAUGACUCAGAUGGAGUCUUCCGCGCAGGAAGUGCACAAGAAUCUAAUUAGUAUCCUGGAUUAUCAAACACAUCAUCGUCUGCGCGAAGCUCAGGGUCGCAAACGUGCGGAAGAACUUAAUGAGCGAGUGCUCUGGUGGUCGGUAAUGGAGACUGUUUGCAUCCUCUGCAUCGCCGUGGGACAGGUUUUUAUCCUAAAAAAUUUCUUCACGGAUCGAAGCCCUUCUCAAAGUUAUUAGUGUGAUAGCAAAGUAACAGAAAGGAAAAACUCGUUCGCGACCGAGGUACCACGAUCACCGAUCGAAUCGUCCUCGUGACGAUGUUUUUUCAUCUCAGCGAUCAAAGUGCCAUCGUAAUGCCCGCCGGUAAUGUCACACCUGUACAUUUCCUCGUUGGAACUUUCUGCUUUGAAUAGUCUGACAAUCGAGAAAGGAUCGCUGAGAGGAUACCGCGAUUACGAAAUCCAAAGAGUCGGUGAAAAAGCGAGGUGAUCCAGAUCCUUGUAUACACCACGAACGUAUCGCGUUCGUAGCUAUUAAUUUAUACCGAGGCUGAGAACAUUUUUAACACGGGUGCUGAUAGGACUCGGAGCGAUCAAAAGGGAACAAGUGCAAGCAAUAGAAUUCUUACACCUUCCCCUCCCUCUCGAUGGACACUCAAGUUGUACUUAUACUGGCAUGGGAACAGUAUAAUGGACAUUGAAAGGGAUAUGAACAUUAUGUUUUUACUUACUGUGAAUGUGUAACAUAAUAAAUUAAAAAGAUACUUGUGUGUAUAUUAUGUUUACUCGUAUCGUCGAGCGAUCUGAUUAAUUCCCGUCUCUCAUUACUUGCCGCGCCUUCCAUUAUUUAUCUUGGACGUCAGUUGAGAUAGAAAUUACUUAAAUAAAUGCAGUUGAUUAU